UCAUCGCUUAUCUCUCCCUCUGAGGAUCUCUACUGUUGGGCGUGUGCUGUGUUAUGAUGCCGAAGUUGUAACAAAAUUUCCGAUUUUUAAUGUGUAAUAACUCGAGAAAGUUUCAUUAAUUCCAAAGUCAUGUCGUUAAUUGUGUAUAGUUUCAUUGCAUCAUUAAUGAUAAGUUUCCUUUACGGCCAACAUAACUUUGACAAUGUAGAACUUGGACAUGAACUAAUAUGGUGCGCUACCAGCGAACCGGAAGUGUAUAAAUGUCGCAACUUUACCGUUGCACUAGAACGUGAUUAUGCGUUAUUCGAAGGAUACUUUUUGAAUGUAUCAUGUCAUUUUGGCUUUGAUCAAGAUGAAUGUAUGCGGCUUAUUGACGAAGGAAAGGCCCAUGCGAUGAUGUUGGAUGCUGGUGAAGUUUACACCGGUGGACGGCAUUACUCAUUAGUUCCAAUUAUGCAGGAAGGGUACGACGGUGGUUUUUCACAAUAUCAUGCUGUUGCUGUAAUAAAAAAAGAUACUCUUCGUGAUGUAUCCAAUUUACGACAUUUGAAGGGUAAAAAAGCUUGCUUUGCUUGGGUUGGAAGUCAUGCAGGUUGGACACUUCCGAUUUAUACACUUCAACGUGAAGGUGGUAUGGAAAUAACUGACUGUAAUAAUCAUGUGAAGACAGCGACAGAUUUUUUCGGUCCGUCGUGUGCAGUCAACGCUCUUGUUGAUAAAUACAAUCCAAUUGGGGAUAACUCCGACAAAUUGUGUUCUUUAUGUACAGGGAAAGUGCCGGGAGAAAAAUGUACCCCAAAGGAUCCUUAUGCUGGCUUCGAAGGCGCGUUUCGUUGCUUGUUAGAGGCUGGUGAUAUCGCAUUUGUCAAACAUACAACUGUUGAUGAAUUGGUUGAAAGCGGGUUGAUUCACGGUGUUUCCUCUGAUCAGUUUGAGUUGUUGUGCAAAGAUGGUACAAGACAGCCAGUGUCAGAAUAUCGUCAAUGUCAUUGGGGUUUGGUACAAUCACAUGCAUUGGUUGUCUCGUCAGCCAGAACAAGUGCUGAACGUCGGCGUUACAAGAAAUUUUUCACUCAGGCUGUGAACUUGUAUUCUUCUAAAUUCAGGCGGACGAAUGAAACAGAUAGCCGGUCCCUUAACCAGAAUGAUCGGUUUAAUGCGAACACCCGAUUUGACAGUGGACGAUCUGAUGAACGUUAUUACAGCAAUCGUUUUUCUACGUCAACAACAACUGAGCGCUACAAUUAUGGUAGCUACGACGAUCAACAAAACGAAAAUAACACACAAUUUUAUGAGAAGUUCAAUUUGUUCGAAUCCAGACGUUAUGGCAAGCAGCUAAACCUUAUGUUCCAAGAUACCGCGCGUUAUUUAGCUCCGAUUGAAGAAAACAAUCAAAAUUUCCAAAACUAUCUAGGCAAAUCUUUAGAUCAAAUCUAUGGCGUCCGUGCUUGUCCGGUAAGCCGGAUGACAUUAUGUGUUACUUCCGAUGCGGAAAUGGAAAAAUGCAUCAAGAUGAGGACCGCAUUAAAAGCACAACUGAUUAAACCGGAAAUGCUUUGCCUGAAAGCCCAUUCCCACAUAGAUUGUAUGCGACAUGUUAAUUCUGGGCAGGCUGAUGUUGUUGUACUGGACGCCAGUGAUGUGUACACGGGUGGCUUGAAAUAUGAUUUAUUACCAUUCAUGUCGGAAAUUUAUGAUCUCGGUCGACCAGAAUAUUAUGUUGUAGCGGUAGCUAAAGAAGAAGAUCCAGACACCGAACUGACAUAUUUGAAGGAAAAAUAUACUUGUCACUCAGGUAUAAACACAGCAGCAGGGUGGGUUUAUCCGAUGGCAUAUCUUAUUUCAAACGGAUGGAUUCGUCCUUAUGGUUGCGAUAGUAUCCGUGCAGCAGCUGAAUACUUUACUAAAUCUUGCGUGCCUGGAGCUAUUAGCAACGAAUAUAACACAGGAGUGCCUUACGACAAUUUAUGUGACUUAUGUCGCGGAAGCAGCUUCCGUUAUUGUAGACGUGAUGCGUCCGAAGAUUAUUAUGGUAAUAGUGGAGCCUUUCGAUGUUUGGUAGAGGGUGGGGGUCACGUAGCCUUCGUUAAGCAUACAACUGUAUUAGAAAACACAGGAGGAAAAAGACGGGAGUGGUGGGCUAGAAACACGCUUCCUGAUGAUUUUGAGCUGUUAUGCCCGGACGGGACGCGUGCUGAAAUUAACGAGUACAAGAAAUGCAAUCUUGGCAAAGUAAAAGCUAACGCAAUAGUUACACGAGGUGGUCGCAGUUAUAAUUCAACACAGUUAAAUGCAUUCAUCAAUCUAUUCACUUAUGCUCAACAGUUUUAUGGUCGACGCGAUGCUGACGAAUUCAGUUUCAGCUUAUUUUAUUCAAAUCCACCACACUACGAUCUAAUAUUUUCGGAUGCAACCCGGGAGUUACGCCUAAUACCAGGUGAUAAGCGAUGGUUCGAUGCUUAUCUUGGACCUGAUUUCAUGAGAGCACGUCGAAUUACAGAUUGUCAUGCAGGUGCGAUUUCCUUACAGUAUCACAUGUAUAAUAUAAUUGUAGUAGUAACAGUAUUAGUGUUCAGAAUAUUAACAUAGACAAUCGGAUGCAACGCUGUGUUCAUAACCAUCUUAAAAGGCAAAUCUCAUGUUAUUGGAAGCAUUGUAUCGAAUUUCGAACAAGUUUUUAUAAAGCUUUAAAAUGUAUUCGAGUAGAUAUUAUUUUUUAUCGGAAAUCGUUACAACGUUUUCAUAUUUUGAGUAGAAAAUAUAAAAAACAUAUGUACAAAGUAUUACAUUCCGUCCAGGGUUUUUAACCAGCUAGUGAUAACUAAUGUUGUGUGUGAGAAUGAUGCAUGAAACAUUCACUCUUGUCACAAUCCAAUUUAUCUAUAUUUUAUCGAUUUUUUUUUUGAAUUACUACCAACAGCAACAGAUUGACUUCGGUACAACCUUCAUGCAACAUAAAAUGUAUGUUAAGUUACAAUUUCAUUUAGGAGCAACUUUAUUCGAGAAGAAUAAACACAGAUGCAACAUCA